AUGGAUAAGUGGAUAAUAAAAAAACCUAAACUUGAUGUAGAGAGUAGAGACCAACAUGAUACAAAUUAUAACAACGAUCCAAACUUUAAGAGAUCAGAAAUAAAUGAAAUUAGUUCAGGUAAGGUUAUUAUUUAUUUUAUUCUUCUUACAGAAUAAGAUAUUAGAUUUACUAAACACAAAAAUACACUCUCAANGUAAAUAAAGAAGUUCUAUUGUGGAAACAAAGAUGGAUAACCGCAGUAGAUAAGCUCCCUUGCACGUUUAUAGAUGCAAUACGUUGUUGUGAUGAGUUACUGUUCCCUAAAGUAUACCAAUAUUUAAAAAUUGGCGCUACGUUGCCCAUUACAGUUGCCAGUGUAGAACGGAGCUUUUCAACGUUGAAACGAUUGAAAUCAUAUUUGAGGAAUUCUACGGGGGAAAAUCGACUUAAUGGAUUGGAUCACCUAAGUAUCCACAGAGAAAUACCAAUCCAAAGUAGUGAGGUGGUCGAUAAUUUUUCAGAAAAAAAUAGAAAGUUAAUGUUUUAA